GAGUUUGAGGUCUUCAAGGCUGCAGCCGUGGCAGUUUCAUCCCUUUCUGGAGAAGAAUGAUUUUUGGAAUAUUUCUGAGAGGAAACUGUAUUUGGACCAAAAUGGAGAGAUAAAAGCAGAUCUGGCCAUUGACGGCUUCUUGGUUCUCCUCAAGGAGGAUCCCAGGAGAGAGACUCUGGCAUAUUUUAAAAGACAGAGACUUACUAUCAAACAAGAUGCUCUUUCACAGCUAAAGUUGCUCAAUAAGUCCCUGCCUCAGUCCAAAUGUGUGGAAAGUUGUCAUCCUGGAUUUGUCAAGAGGGCUCGAGAAGGAGAGCCAGUUUGCUGCUAUGACUGCGUUCCUUGUCCGGAGGGGACCUUCUCCACUCAGGAAGAUACAGAAAAAUGCACCAAGUGUCCAGAUGAUAAAUAUCCAAAUGAGGACAGAGUCCAAUGUAUCCCCAAAGUUAUAACUUUCCUGUCUUAUGAAGAACUUCUGGGCAUCAUCCUGGUCUCUUUUGCCCUAUUCUUCUUCCUAACCACAGGCCUUGUUUUAAUCAUCUUCAUGAAAUACCGAGAAACUCCCCUUGUCAAAGCCAACAACCGGGACCUCUCCUACAUCCUCCUGGUCUCCCUCCUGCUUUGCUUCUUGUCUCCUCUUCUCUUCAUUGGUCAACCAAGGAAAGCCACCUGCCUUCUCCGACAGACAGUUUUCAGCAUCAUCUUCUCAGUUGCCGUUUCUUCUCUCUUGGCCAAAACCAUCACGGUGGUGCUGGCUUUCCUGGCCACAAAACCAGGAAACCGAGUGAAGAGAUGGUUGGGGAAGAGCUUGGCCAACUCCAUCAUUCUUUGUUCUUCUGCUGUCCAAAUUAUCAUCUGCUCCACCUGGAUGGGAGUUUCUGCCCCCUUCCCUGACUCUGACCUCCACUCCCAGCCUGGAGAGAUCAUCCUGCAAUGCAACGAAGGGGCCGUUGUCAUGUUCUACGUCACCCUCAGCUACAUGGGCUUCCUGGCUGCCAUCUGCUUCACGGUGGCUUUCCUGGCCAGGAAUCUGCCUGGGGCCUUCAACGAAGCCAAGCUGAUCACCUUCAGCAUGCUGGUCUUCUGCAGUGUCUGGGUGACUUUUGUGCCCACCUACCUGAGCACCAAAGGAAAAUCCAUGGUGGCUGUGCAGGUCUUCUCCAUCCUGGCCUCCAGUGCUGGUCUGCUGGGCUGCAUCUUCAUCCCCAAGUGCUACAUUAUCCUUCUGAGGCCAGACCUCAACACAAAGGAACAUCUUACGGGCAGAACAAAUGUAAAAACAUGAGAUAUAACACCAUUAUGAUACUGGAAGAAUUGUUAAAGGUUUAUUUUAUUUGAAAGGAGAUAUUCUUUACAUUUAGAUAGUAUGCAGCAAUCAAAGAAAAUCAUAUUUAUGUGUUUCAGAAUGGGAAACUGUUGAAUGACUGGAAUUCUUGUAGUUCCCUUUCCUUUCAGCUCACUAAAUCAGCAACAGCUAUUGAAUGUGACACUUUAUAAAAAAUAAUUUGGGCCCUUGUUCCUCCUGACAGCAUCUAAAAGUGUGCCUGAGAGAGAGAGAGAUUUCCUGAUUAAAACCUCCUUUGCAGAAAAUAUUCAGCAGAAUUGCUGUCUGGGAUUUCAGUUUGGGGUUUUUAUCUUGGUGUAUACUUCACACCAAAAUAAAAAUAAAUAAAAUAAAUAAAAGAAUAAAGUGUAUAAAGAAAUUUCCACUGUGUUUUUAACUUUCCUCCACCAGAGAAAUAAAAUAGCAGUUUUCAGGCCC